CUCUUUUCGACACGGAAGAUCACUGGCAAGGUCAGUGAUCAUGCAUUAGCUGGCUGGGCUUGGCGAACAGAGUUUACGGAGCAUACACCAGCAUCAUUGUCGGUUGAACAGUCACACUUCCCACACCUCCUCCCCCUGAUCGGGCUGGCAGGCUGGCAGGCCAAGAAACCUCACCACGAUCACCACGAUCACAUACAUGACCACCACAUAAGACAACACAUGUUAUCACAUUCAUAAUGUCUAAACCCACUUCUUCCCCUCUUUCCCCGCCACCCCCUCAAUCAUCUUCCACUCUCUUCACCCCCGGCAAAAUCUACCCCCUGGCCCUCAUUCUCCGCCUCGUGCUCCUCCUGUACGGCUCCUACCAAGACACUCACUCCCCGCUCAAAUACACCGACAUCGACUACCUCGUCUUCACCGAUGCAGCGCGCUUUGUCGCCGCCGGCGGCAGCCCCUACGAGCGCGCCACAUACCGGUACACGCCACUGCUGUCAUGGGCGCUGCUGCCCACGACCUGGAGCUGGCCGCCCGGCAGUUUCGCCGCAGGCAAGGUGCUCUUCGCGGUGUCGGACAUCGUCGCCGGAUGGCUACUCCACCGCAUCCUCGUGCAGCACCAUGGCAUGGCCGCGCCGCGCGCGCUACGCUACGCCAGCGUCUGGCUGCUGAACCCGAUGGUGGCGAACAUCAGCACGCGGGGUAGUUCCGAGGGCGUGCUGGGCCUGCUCACAGCCCUGCUGGUGUAUCUUGUUCUGGGCGCCGAAAUGGCCAGCCCGGUUAACUCUGCUAGAAGGCUGAGUCGAGUCGCUCUCGCAGGCCUCGUGCUCGGCGUGGCCGUGCACGUCAAGAUCUACCCGUUCGUGUACGGGGUGUCGGUGCUUUUGUUUUUGGAUCGGCAUCAACACCCUCAAAAGAAGAAGCAGGCAGAUGAAGGCGCAAGCAAGCUGCUCGCCCUGCUAACUCCCGCCCGCCUACUCUUCACCACCACCGCCCUCGCGACCUUCCUCACGCUCAAUAUGCUGAUGUAUAACCGCUACGGAUGGGACUUCCUCCAGCAUACCUUCCUGCAUCACCUGACCCGCGUCGACCAUCGCCAUAAUUUCUCCGUGUAUGCUUCGCUGCUUUAUGAUUCUGCUGCUUCUUCCGCUUCAGCCUCCGCUUCAACAUUGGGGACCGGAACAGCAGGCUUCGAGCGCUGGGCCUUCCUCCCGCAACUCGGGCUUUCGGUCGCGUGUAUCCCGCUGGCCCUCGCGCGAAGGAGUCUCUCUGGUGCGAUGCUGGCGCAGACUUUUGCGUUUGUUGUUUGGAAUAAGGUUUGUACGAGUCAGUACUUCCUCUGGUACCUAAUCUUCCUCCCGCUUUACCUCCCUUAUUCGUCAUUUUUGCGGUCCCCGCGAAAAGGCGUGCUGGCGCUGGGGUUGUGGGUUUUUGCGCAGGCUCUCUGGCUCCAGCAGGCGUAUAACCUCGAGUUCCUGGGUCUGUCGACCUUCGUGCCUGGGUUGUGGGUUGCGUCGGUGGGGUUCUUUGCGGUGAAUGUUUGGAUUCUUGGUGUUAUUAUUUCUGAUGUUGGGGGUAUGGGUUUCAUUUAAUUUGUGGAUGGGGUGUGGGGGUUAUUUUUAUGUGGGUG